AUGGAAUCCAUUUUUUUUUCUCUAUUUUCCCACUCUUUAGCCUCCAUCCACUUCCCCUCUCUCAGCGCCGCCCUACUGUUUGUCUCACUCGUCUCGUUAGCAGUUAUUAUCCUCUUUCUCAAUUCAGGAGAAAUGCGUCUUUUCCUUUUCAAUUCUCUAUCAUUGUCACUCUUGUCCCUCGUCCCUAUUCUAUUAACUUUUACUAUAUCUUUCCUUUCAUUUCAUUCUCAUUUUCAGCGUUUGCCACAUCUCUCACUCUCACUUACCUUUCUCCUCCCACUCUCAUUAUCUCUCAUCUGUUACUUACCGUUCAUCUUGUUUAAUCUCAUUAAAACGGUUCCUAAAUUGUCAUUAACCUUUUUUUUUUCUUAUUCUCUCUCUCUCUCUCUCUCUCUCUCUCUCUCUCUCUCAUCUUUCUUAUACCUCAUUUCCCUUUCUCCUUCAACUCUCAUUACCCCCGUUCCUAUCUCGUGUCAUUAUCUAUCUCUGGAUCCGAAUAAUGUAAAUAAUUUAUCUAUCUCUCUCUAUAUAUAUCUCUCUCAUCUUUAUAUCUCUCACUUCCCUUUCUCUUUCCACUUUAAUUACCCCCUUUCCUAUUACGUGUCCUUAUCCCUCUCUCUUAUCUCUUACGUCCCUUCCUCCUUCCACUCUCAUUAUCACGGUUCCUUAGUCUUCUCUUCAUUUCUCUCUUCUUCUCUCUCAGUUUUCUUGCUCUAUUUUGUUCACGUUCCCCAUUUUUUGUUCGUCUUUCUUUCAAUUUUCCUCUUCGAAUACGUCCCUCUUCUUUCUUCUUUCUCACCUUUUUUUCGCUCUUUUUCAAUUUAUUUUCCAUUUGAUCUUUUUCUUAAUAUGCCUCUUCUCGUCUCUCUUCUUAUUUUUAUCUCUCCUUACUAA